AUGCCCAUGGUAAUACAAUUCAUGGCUGGAUUUGUUACCCAAGCAUGUUUCAAUGUAAUUCAAGCUCUUUCUGCGAUUCUGCAGCUUGCCCGAGCUUCUGAGGGCAACGCAAUACAUCACUUCAUACCGCUUGUAUUGAAGGGCGGCAUCAAGAAGAUCAUUGUUAUCUCCAGUCCCCAUGCUGAUCUUAGCCUCAUUAAAGAUAUUGUCAUGGAAAACAACGCGCUGUAUGUUGCAUUCAAGGCUGCCUCGAAUGUUAUAAUAGCAAAGUUCAGUUCGCAGUACAAGAGAGAUGGUGCGCUCACUUUCAGCGUGAGUCAUGAAGCAGUGAAAGUAGGGCAUUGGGAUGUUCGUAGGUACUUAUUUCCUUUUGUUACUUAUCACGAUUUCUAG